AUCUGGCGGCCGAUAACAGCCACUUUCUUCUUCCCAGUGGGACCUGGAACAGGAUUUCUCUACUUGGUGAAUUUGUAUUUCUUGUAUCAAUACUCCUCACGAUUAGAAACAGGGGCUUUUGAUGGAAGGCCAGCGGAUUACAUGUUCAUGCUCCUCUUUAACUGGAUCUGCAUUGUUAUAACUGGCUUGGCAAUGGACAUGCAGUUGCUGAUGAUUCCACUCAUCAUGUCAGUACUGUAUGUGUGGGCACAGCUGAACAGAGACAUGAUUGUGUCGUUUUGGUUUGGAACAAGAUUUAAGGCCUGUUACCUUCCAUGGGUUAUACUGGGAUUCAACUACAUCAUUGGUGGAUCAGUCAUCAAUGAGCUGAUAGGAAAUCUGGUUGGACACCUGUAUUUCUUCUUAAUGUUUAAAUAUCCAUUGGAUUUGGGAGGAAGGAAUUUCCUGUCCACACCUCAGUUCCUUUACCGCUGGCUGCCCAACAGGAGAGGAGGAGUGUCGGGGUUUGGUGUCCCACCCCCCAGCAUGAGAAGAGCUGCAGAAGACCAGCAGGGUGGUGGAAGACACAACUGGGGCCAAGGUUUCCGGCUAGGUGACCAGUGAAGAAGUCCUGCCCUUGGAAAACAGCAAUGCCUUGGUUUUAACUGGACGUGGAACCAACCCUUAGUGGUGCAGAGCAUGCUUAGGGACUGAGCUCUCUGUAGUACUGUUGGAAUUAACUGAUUAGAAAGAAUGUUUCUGGUUCAAGAGAAAAUAAAAACUCCAGAAGGAAAAAUGUAGAUCUUGCUCCAGGUUAGCCACUAGUGUCCAAUUUGAUUCUGCCAUUAAAAAUAAGCCUUCUUUAUACAACACUGUCUGUCUGUUGCAAUGGGAUCCAUUGGCUGUCCUGUUCCAGGAUGUGGUGGAACAAGCUAAUGGUGUUCUGUCUUGCCUGGUAUGUUAAAAGCUUGGUUGACCAUGGUAAGGUGAGAAUCCAGUGUGAAGCAGAUGGCUCAAACAUGCCCCCACGUUUAGGAAGCUGACUUUUUCCAUAGCUAUGCUUAAGUCCUGGAGUCUUUGGAAACAUUAUAUAAGUGAUAUCUCUCUGCUGCAUUUGUUAAGCAAAUUGCAAAUGUUUUGUUUCUGUUACUAAGCUGUGGUUU